ACCUCUUGACACAUGAGAGCAGCUCAUUUAGUUGUCAUGUAUGACAUACGGGUCUGCUGUGUGCACAAAUCCAAAUAACUGAAUUAAGCUUUUCUAGAGACCUUUGAGAAGAAGGGACAUAGAGACAUUAUGGGAGCAUCUUCUUCUGGCUUGUUGGAUGAGGCCAAAGUCAGCCACAUUAAAGGACUUGUUGACAGUACAUUCCAGAGCUUCAGUGUGUUUUACCAUCAGCAGUACUCUUCAGCCUACUUCAGACACCUACACCAGGAGGUGGAGCCUAAGAAAGAAGGGAGGGGCCUGUUGCUGACACAAAGGCCUCAGUAUCCUCCAGAGGAGGUUCUGUACCAAGGCAGUGUUAAGUUCUCCUGCUGGGAUGAACAGGGAAAGAAAUGCAAAGAGAGGUACGCCGUCUUGAGAAGAGACUACAAAGUGGACAUACAUGAAAACAUGGAGACUUUCAAUCGAGGAUGUGCAGCUAAGUUGAUCCUCCAGCCAGUGGGGGGCACUGUGCUGACCACAGAGGAGGAGUCCAGAGCUCACCUGGAGAAAAUGUGUGCUGGGAUACUCAAUGGAGUGAAGGAGGAUUCUUCCUCGGUGGUGUCAUCUCCAGAUGUGUUUGCUGUGUAUCUGCACCUGCCUUACACAGGCCACACCUGCUUCCUGUUCCAACAGGAAGAGGAACGAGAUCACUUCUUGUCUGCCCUCAAGACCUGCAUUCGACACUGCAACCUUGACCCCUGGCGUGAGUCAUCCUAUGAGAACCAGGCCUACAUCCGAGCCCUCCGACUCUACCGCCAGGACAAAGGAUGCUAUGAAUCCUGGGAAAUGCUGCUGGGCACUGAAGAACAUGUGCUGGCCUCCCAGGUGAUGGAGGAAGUGUUGCCAUGGUUACAGAGUCAGCUUCAGUCCAGAGUGAAGGGCAAGAAGGCUGAAAGGAUACGACAGUGGUUGGCAACAGUGCAGGCAACCCACACCUUGGUGCUGGAACUGCUAAGGGAGAGUUUGGUGGCUCUGAGGGAGAAGUGUCGUCAGACAGCGUCAGACAAUCAGGCGCUCAUCAGAUCCAACCUGGACCAGAUCAUGUCCUCUCAUUCCUUCCUGGAGCAGAAAAUCAGAGGAUGUGUAUGUGAAGAAGCAGAUAAAGUGUACAGCGAGUCUGUAGCACCCUACAUGUCCUCCAUCCUUGAAGUGCUUACGGAACACAUAAGUGCAGGAAUUCAGGGGAUGCAAAAAGAACUGCACACACAGAUGGACUCUGCCUUCACAAAUACAAAUGGAGGGACAGAAGAGACGAAGAAGGCCUUGUCCACUCUGCACGCCAUCAAUCUGGAUCAGUGCUACAAGCAGGUGAAGAACCUGACGGAGACACUUGAAAACUUAAAGCAGCGGUUUGGAUUGAGCAGCACUCAGAGGCUGGUGCACACUGCACAGAUGGAGAUGGAGCAGCUGUUGGACAGUGCUGUAUACACCUUAGAGCUGUUCCUCCAAUCAUCAGCCAAACUGCAGCCUUCUCAAGUUCCUGUCAAGAUGGAGAGAGCUAAAGAAAGAGUGCUGAAGCAGCUGGACUACGACAGCAGAGUUGUCCAGAGGAGGCUCUAUCAGAAAGAUCUACUGGAGAUCACCCUGCCUACUCUCACCAGGAAGAUGGACAACAAGUGGAAAACUGAGCUGGAGCAGUUUGAGCAGUUCAUUUUCUCUGACUACAGCAGUUUUAUCCUGGUUCAUAAUGUCUAUGAUGAUGUGCUGAGAAACCUCCUCAGUAAGGAGAUAGAAACAGUGGUCCAGGAUGCUGCCAGUAAGAAGAGCAACAACCUCUUACUGGACAUUUCAGACCUGGCCAUCAGUCAGUACAGUCUGCUGGGACAGACGCCUCCCCGCUCUGCACCCGACAGCCCUUCUGCCAUUCACUCUCCAGAUCCUUCCUCCACCGUGUCCAGCAAAGACAAAGAACCAGCUCCUGUGGUGGAGGAGGGGGCUCAGACAGUCACAGCUCAACCUCAGACUGACCCCGAGCUUAACGAUGAAGCCAAACCUGAUCCCAGUACCACUCAAAGUUCUGAGCAGAGCACAGAUCUUCAGUCUCCCUUGAUUAUCGUGACACAGCAGUUUGAUGAAUCUGUGACAGAGGAGGAGGGGGCUGCUGGCCUCAAGGAAAUCUGUGAAGAGGAAAAACUUGGAACUGACACAACAUCGACGAUGGACUCAACUUCAGCUGAAUCUUCCACCUCAGCUGCACCUGACCAUGAUGCAGCUGUUACACCUGAAGCUCCUCCUAUCUCAGAAUCCACUAAUCCCAUCCCAGAUCCCUCUGAACCUUCAGUGGCUGUUACAUUUGAAGCUGGAACACCUGACCGCCCUUCUGUCCCAGAAUCCACUAAUCCCGUCCCAGAGUCCCCUGAACCUUCAGUGGCUGUUACACUUGAAGCUGGAACACCUGUCCCAGAAUCCACUAAUCCCAUCCCAGAUCCCACUGAACCUUCAGUGGGUGUUACACAUGAAACUGGAACACCUGACCCCCCUUCCGUCCCAGAAUCCACUAAUCCAGUCCCAGAGUCCCCUGAACCUUCAGUGGCUGUUACACAUGAAACUGGAACACCUGACCCCCCUUCCGUCCCAGAAUCCACUAAUCCUGUCCCAGAAUCUCCUGAACCUUCAGUGGCUCAGGAGAGUCUGUCCUUGUCGGAGUCCACGGAUGUCCCAGAUGCUGAAUGUGCUCAAAGUGAUCAGUCUGCUAUGCCUGAAAACUCUGCUACCUCAGAUCAAAUAUCAGAGGAUGCUUGUUCCGUCCAGCCUUCCUGUCCUUCACCAUCACACCCAUCCUGUACAGACAGUCCGAUGAAAAUCAGCCUUGGGGCACUAAACGAGGCGAUUGGUUGCAGCUCCGUGGCACCUGCUGUGAUGGCACAGCAGACCACUGACAGAGCUGUCUACCUGACGGGAGAGAUUAAGGACAACUGGGAGCUGGAAAGGUUAAAGGAGGAGAAACAGAAAGAGACAGAAGCAGAGGAGAAGACUGAGAGCAGGGUAGAUGAUGAAGAGAAAGGUAGUGAGCUCAAGAAAAGAGAAGAAGAUGAGGAGGAAGCACAGGAGGAUGGAGAUCAUGCGGAAAAAGAAGAAAAGGAAGAAAAAAUGGAGGAGGAAGAGGUGCAUGUCCAAAGCCCUCAGCCAAUGGAAUCGCAACCAGAAAGUUCUGCUGAGCCGCUACUGGGCAGCGUGGCUAUCAUCAGAGAGCUCGUGACAGAGAUCACUGAAGUGGAGACAAUAAUCAGCCCAUAUACCAACAGCAGCAACGCACCCUGAGAGUCACAUGACCCUGCCCACUGUAGAUCAUACUGUAGAUCAAAUGGAACAAAGAAAAGUGAAAGUGAAAAGUGUGAAAUGAAAGUUAAAUGUGUUCCUUUAUUACUGCAUCAUAUUUUUAUGCUACUGCAUUCUGAAAAAGACAAAAAAAAAAUCGUUUAAAAAUUGUGGUAAGCAUUUUUUUCUUGACAGAGGCUUGAGCUUUUUUUUUUUUAACCUCUGUUUAUGUUCGCUAUUUUCUUUUCUGCUAACAUUGAAAUGAAUUCAAAGGCCUAAUAAAGACGUUCUAUGUUCUCA